AUGCGCCAAAAUUUCUCCGGGAUCAACGAAGAGAUCGUAUGGAUGUCCAUAGGGUUGGCCGUGACGAUCGCUAUCCUGAUCACGAUGGCACUGUGUUACCUGCUACACGAGAACUGCAAGAAGCGACACGAGCACGGGUGGCACGCGUGACACAGGCCCCUGCCUCCCCCACGGGAGUACUACAUCACCGUCUAGCGUCGGGCCAGGGGCUGCGGCCUGCUGGCUCACCAGAACCCCGGGAGUCCGCAGAACCCUCCCGCAACGUCUGACAACUCCGAAGUCUGGACCACUUGUACUUUAUAGAGUAGGUUUAGGCCAACUUGAGUAUCAUAAAGUUUCAUAUGGCGUAACCAAAAAACAACAUAAGCAAUUUUAUAACGUUUUAUUAAUAUGUAUCCUACUGCAUACGGUUUGUCAUAUAUCAUAUAAUGUGUUAGUUUUCAAGUAGCCUUAACUUGACUGUGUUUAGAUUAUGUCUGGUUGAGAAUAUCAACAAUUAUUAUCACAUGUUCAAUGAUCAUUUUAUAAAAUAGUGAAACAGAGUAAACGUUUCGGUAAGGCUGAAAAUAAAAUUUAGAUUUCAUAAUAAACUUUAUAUUUUGUAGAGUAACAGAUUGUUAAGGCAUUUUUAAUUUAUACUUUCUGUGGACUGAAGUUUUACUUAUAUUUAAGUCAGUUGUUAUCCUAUAUAUCUUUUAAAUUAUAGUUUUGUAUAUUGAUUAUUAACAAUAGAAUGGAGUUACUCAAUUUUUCAUAUCCAUUCAGUUCCAAUUAAAAAUAUGAGUAACAAGCAGAGGGUUUAAAGAUAAAUAAUAAGGAUGCAACAUCACUGAAUAGUAAUAUUUUCCGAUAUAUUGGAUAUGCUAACGUAACAAGAUAACAUCAUCAGUAUGUGUAAGUAAGCUUCACAGUAAAAU